GCUCCCUGUCAGUGCGGUGGUUGCGCCGGGAAACAUGGCGUCGGAGGGGAUGAUUUUAACGAACCACGACCACCAAAUCCGUGUCGGGGUUCUCACAGUGAGUGACAGUUGCUUCAGGAACCUUGCUGAGGAUCGUAGUGGGAUAAACCUUAAAGAUCUGGUCCAAGACCCUUCUUUGUUGGGUGGGACUAUAUCUGCAUACAAGAUAGUGCCAGACGAAAUAGAAGAAAUCAAGGAGACGCUGAUAGAUUGGUGUGAUGAAAAGGAACUUAAUUUGAUUUUAACAACUGGAGGAACGGGGUUUGCACCACGAGAUGUCACUCCAGAGGCCACUAAAGAAGUAAUAGAGCGAGAAGCUCCAGGGAUGGCCCUGGCAAUGCUGAUGGGAUCACUUAAUGUUACUCCUCUGGGUAUGCUCUCUAGACCUGUAUGUGGAAUCCGAGGGAAAACUCUUAUAAUUAAUCUGCCAGGUAGCAAGAAAGGAUCACAGGAAUGCUUUCAGUUUAUACUGCCAGCCCUACCUCAUGCCAUUGAUCUUUUGCGGGAUGCAAUUGUAAAAGUAAAGGAGGUACAUGAUGAGCUUGAAGAUCUACCUUCACCACCACCUCCUCUUUCUCCUCCUCCAACCACCAGCCCUCACAAGCAGACAGAAGACAAAGGAGUACAGUGUGAGGAAGAGGAGGAAGAGAAGAAGGAUAGCGGAGUUGCCUCAACAGAAGACAGUUCUUCUUCACAUAUAACAGCAGCAGCCAUUGCAGCUAAGAAGUAUCCAUCCUACACCAGUUCAGCUGUUAUCAUGGCAAAAGGUGAACAGUCCAUCCCUGGUCUCAUCAGUUAUUGCCAUCAUGCAGCAGACAGUGCAGGAGAACCGAUUCCAGAUUCCAUCAUCUCUCGUGGUGUUCAGGUGCUCCCACGUGAUACAGCCUCCCUCAGUACUACUCCUUCAGAAUCUCCUCGUGCCCAGGCCACCUCUCGUCUCUCCACUGCAUCCUGCCCAACACCAAAAGUCCAGUCUAGGUGCAGCAGCAAGGAGAACAUCCUCAGAGCAAGUCACAGUGCUGUUGACAUUACCAAGGUAGCAAGAAGGCACCGCAUGUCUCCAUUCCCAUUGACAUCUAUGGACAAGGCCUUCAUCACAGUUCUGGAGAUGACCCCAGUGCUUGGAACAGAAAUCAUCAAUUACAGAGAUGGAAUGGGCCGAGUCCUUGCUCAAGAUGUAUACGCAAAAGAUAAUCUACCACCAUUUCCAGCAUCAGUAAAAGACGGCUAUGCUGUCAGAGCUGCUGAUGGCCCAGGAGAUCGAUUCAUCAUAGGGGAAUCCCAGGCUGGUGAGCAGCCAACUCAGACUGUGAUGCCUGGUCAGGUAAUGCGAGUUACAACUGGUGCUCCAAUUCCAUGUGGUGCUGAUGCAGUGGUGCAAGUGGAAGAUACUGAGCUCAUCAGGGAAUCAGAUGAUGGCACUGAAGAACUAGAGGUUCGAAUCCUGGUGCAGGCUCGACCAGGACAAGAUAUCAGACCUAUAGGACAUGACAUUAAAAGAGGUGAAUGUGUGCUGGCUAAAGGAACUCACAUGGGGCCAUCUGAGAUUGGUCUCUUAGCAACUGUUGGAGUAACUGAAGUAGAAGUUAACAAGUUUCCAGUGGUUGCAGUCAUGUCAACAGGGAAUGAGCUACUGAAUCCUGAAGAUGACCUCUUGCCAGGAAAGAUUCGGGACAGUAACCGUUCAACUCUCCUAGCUACAAUCCAAGAACAUGGCUAUCCAACAAUCAACUUGGGAAUUGUGGGAGAUAACCCAGAUGAUUUGCUGAAUGCACUGAAUGAGGGUAUCAGCCGUGCUGAUGUGAUCAUUACAUCAGGAGGUGUAUCUAUGGGGGAAAAGGACUAUCUAAAACAGGUGCUGGAUAUUGAUCUUCAUGCCCAGAUUCACUUUGGCAGAGUUUUUAUGAAACCAGGCCUGCCAACAACUUUUGCAACUCUGGAUAUUGAUGGUGUAAGGAAAAUAAUCUUUGCACUCCCAGGUAACCCUGUGUCAGCUGUUGUCACCUGCAAUCUCUUUGUUGUUCCUGCACUGAGGAAGAUGCAGGGCAUCCUGGAUCCUCGGCCCACCAUCAUCAAAGCCAGGUUAUCAUGUGAUGUAAAAUUGGACCCCCGCCCAGAAUAUCAUCGGUGCAUACUGACUUGGCAUCACCAAGAACCACUACCAUGGGCACAGAGUACAGGGAAUCAGAUGAGCAGUCGUCUGAUGAGUAUGCGCAGCGCCAAUGGACUGUUGAUGCUACCUCCAAAGACAGAGCAGUAUGUGGAGCUUCACAAGGGGGAGGUGGUGGAUGUCAUGGUCAUUGGAAGGCUAUGAUGUCACCAGCAAGAGCGAAGCUUUGAUGCAUGUCCACAUAUCAUUGACUGUAUCCUGUAAUAUGCAACGGCACAGCUAGUUUUUCCGAUUUGGAUAAAAGUUGAUCAGUAUAGUCAACACCUUGAAUUAUAUUUCAAAUGGAAUUUAAAUAAAUACCUUUAAAAAAAAAAACCUUUAAAACAAAUCUUAACAAAGAAAUUUAUUCUGAUUAUAUCAAAGCAACUUUUUCCUUUCCUUGCAAUUGCUUUGUGUGUUCAAUGCUAGUUCUAAUAGCAGUAGCUUUUAGUAGACAGCAGUAGGUGCCUGCAGAACUUGUGUUUUUUCUCAUCUUUAAGAUAAAACUACUUAUGCUCUUAAGACAAGGCUGUCUCUUAUUUAUACUAGUGUAGACAACACUUGGAUUUCCCUUAUUAGUAUGCUUCAUAACCGCUUCACAGAGAGCUUCUGCUUGUUCUUUAUCUUGUAUCUCGUGUUGAUGUGCACAGUGCCAAAAGCAGAGUGGCUAUGCUGGGAACCCAAUGGAGCCCUGAGGUUUUCUCACCUCUCGGCGCAUUCAGGGAUCUCUCUUGUCCCAGCAGCCACCCAGCUCAGUACUCUUGGGCAGUAACUGGAUACCUUUUAUUUCAACAAACAAACAAAAAAUUGCUUCCUUAAGUGCUGACAGCCUUUUUAACCAAUACAUUUAAAAAUGUACAGAACUAAAACCUAAAAAAAAAUCAAAGACCGAUCUUGUACAGAUAUUAGUGUUACCAGCAUUCGUGUGGAAAUUAAAUGAGCAGAGAAAUAAAACUAAUGUUAAACAACUCUGUACCAUAACAUUUUCUGUAAUGAUAUUGAAACAAAUGAAUAAAAAA